GCCCGUAAUCUUAUGGCGACUGAGGAACGACGACGGCACCAAAUGUCGAAAAAGCGCAUCCUUUUCAUUCACCCGGACCUGGGAAUCGGAGGGGCGGAGAGGCUCGUCGUCGAUGCCGCCGUGGGACUCCAGCAAAGGGGUCACAUCGUAACGAUUUACACCUCUCACUGUGACAGAAGACACUGCUUUGAUGAGGCGAGGGAUGGUAUACUCUCUGAAAUGGCUUUUCCCGUUUGUACGAGCUAAUCGUGACCCAGGGACACUCGACGUUCGUGUCGCGGGAAAUACAAUCAUUCCUCCAAACCUUUUGGGACGCUUCAGUAUUCUCUGCGCCAUAUUGCGACAGGUCCACCUCACGCUGACCUUGCUCCUUACGGAUGAGAUAUCAAAGCACGACUACAUCUUCAUAGACCAGCUCUCAGCCGCCAUCCCUUUGCUUCGCUUUUUCUCCCCGGCGAAAAGGAUUCUCUUCUACUGCCAUUUCCCCGACUACCUGCUCGCCGCGAGGAAUUCCUUGAUCAAGAGCCUUUACCGUGUCCCCUUCGAUUGGUUUGAGGGCUUCACUACGGGAUUGGCCGACACCAUUGUCGUCAACUCGGAUUUUACGAGAUCCGUCUUUGCCACGGCGUUCCCGAGAAUCGGACUUGUUCUAAAGGUGGUGUAUCCGUGCGUUACCACUACAGUCGCCUCGCCCUCGAUAGCCAUCGACAACGAUCCACCCUUACAGAAUGAUGGGAGGAGGGUAAUACUCUCAAUCAACAGAUUCGAACGCAAGAAGAAUAUAGAGCUAGCGAUAACCUCCUAUUCCCUGCUCACCCGGGAACAGAGAUGUCGAUCCCGCUUGGUCAUCGCCGGAGGCUACGACGCCAGAGUCUCGGAGAACGUCACCUACCACAACGACCUGGCCAUGCUCUGCGAGAGGCUAGGCCUCGAAUCCGCAACCUCGCGCAAUUUCAUUUCCAGCUUAUCGGUGCCGGAGGACACGGAUGUGCUGUUCUUGCUUUCCAUCCCGGCGACGCUCAAAUCCUAUCUGCUCAAGACGGCCUCGCUCCUCGUGUACACGCCUGCUCGGGAGCACUUCGGCAUCGUUCCGCUGGAGGCCAUGAUUGCCGGCGUUCCCGUCCUAGCGCACAAUUCUGGCGGCCCCUUGGAAACGAUUGAGGAGGGAAGGACGGGUUGGCUAAGGCCGGCGGAAGACGAGCAAUGGGCUGCGGUGAUGCGAACGGCACUUUUCGAGUUGGAGGGGAAGGUGGCCGCGGAGAUGGCCGCACGUGGAAGGGAGAGGGUGCUCGAGCUGUUCUCAAGGGAGAAGAUGGCCGAGAGGUUGGAUGUGGAAUUUGGCGAGAUUUCGGACGGAAAAUGUAUCGGGGGGCUGGUGUUGACCAUAUUGGCCGGGAUAGGAGUGGCGAUUGGAUUGGGAGCCGCAUUCGCUUUGAGAAGCUGAGAUGGGGCGACAUUUGGCACGGGCAGCGUGUUGUACUCGAGUACAGUACAAGUACUCGAGUACUUGUGGAAGGCCUCAAAGUGGCUUGUACGGUGCUCGGGUCGCUGGGACUAGAGUUGUGUUUUUUUCUUUCUUUCCUUCUUUCCUCUUUCUCUUAGCAUUGAUGCGGUAGAAUACUCCAAUUAGCCGCUUUAGUAUGGUCCUGUACAGUACUAGUAGUCUACUGUAGACAGAUAGAUGGGGACAGUAAUUUAGUCUAAUGAUGGAGCAUCGAGUUACAAGUAGUCCACCCCAUUCGCGCCGUCAUGAUUACCACGCGCGGACUUGGGAAAUCUGGCUAGAAAUACUGGCGUCAUACCUCUCACACACCUCGACCUUCCGUCCCUCGUCCCUCCUCCCCAUCCCUUCCGACAAACCCUUCCUGAUCCAUCUCUUCUCUCUCAUUUUCAUCAAUCACACCGCAAUGGAAGAACUGCGCCAGGCCCUGAAGAAGGCCGGCAUCUGGCCCAACACCGCCGCAUUCACCGUGCUCGGCCGCGAAUACAGCGUCCUGGCAACCAUCCGGCUCGUCGUCUGCAUCUGCGGCUACCUGGUCAUCCGCCGCGCCGUCCUAAUGUACGUCCGCAGAGUGCACAUGCAGCGGCUCGAGGAGGGGGAGGAGGGCAAAGCGGACGAAUCGGGCGCGCCGGUGGAGGAGGUCACGGUGGAUAAGGACAAGCCCAAGGGGGACGAGUGGGGGAGCAAAGCCAGGAGGAGGCAGAGGGAGGCGAGAAAGAGGGCGGAGGCGGAGGCCGAGAGGAGGAACCUGGAGGAGGAGAGCGGGGGGAUCGACAAGUAUCUGGACUAGGGAUCUAUUCGGGUUGGAAGGGAGGAUUUCGCGGAAUGUCGCUGUGAUGUGUGAUGCUGGACAGGGAAAAUUGACCAUCUUGUUUACACAUUUUAUUUUAUUUUUUUAUUUUUUUAUUUUUUUAUUUUUUUAUUCUUU